GCUUUCCCUCCCCACCUUCCUUCUCUGUCAAAGCCUCGUCGGUUCAGCGACUUUUCUUAUUUCCUCCCUCCCAGCGCCUGCGAUUCUCCACAUCGUUAUUCAUCUAAUUCGAGCAAAGAUGCAUCUGUGGCCAUCGACGAGGAUCAGAGACUCUUUCAAGAGUGCUUAUAUCCAAAAUCUGGAAUGGAACUUCCACAGAAUGAAAAUCCAGAAGCAGCAGCAGCAGCAGCAAUCUUCGAGCAAACAGAACUUGUUGGAUAAACAACAAUCUUCUGAUGCCGAUGGCGAAACUUCAGGCAAAUCCAGUUCAGUUUCUUUUGGUCAUCGAGUUCUUGAAUUCUGCUCUGAAGUUCUCCUGCUUCUCUCCUGUUGUUAUUGCUGCUAUUGCUGUGGAGCUUGCCUCUCCGAAGAAGAAGAAAAUUGAUGCUGACGUUGAGGAUAGAUGCUUGGGAUUGUCAAAGGCAACUAAUUGAUGCAGAUGAUAUUUACAGUAUCUGUACUGGAGCCUCGUCAUGAACAGGUAAUAUCGAUGAUCAUUGGCAUGUAUUGAUCUCUUAUGUACAGUCAACUUGGAUUUGGAUGCUGGAUAGUUUGAUAUGUGGAUUUGUUUAUUUUAGGCUACAAAUUUGUAAGUACCAACACUAUUUAUUAACUUUUUCAGACCAUACACAGACUUAGAUUUUUAUUA